CACACAUAAUUCGGUUGUCAUAAGAAGUGGAGGGCUGAAAACUCCAACACACAUCGAGUGCCGAGAAAGGCCUUUUGCUCAGGACAUUAGACAUAAACUGAACAACUCAGAGGCAUCUGCGCAUGCUUGCCCCAGCUUUCUGUUUCAGUCCAUUGUGAUGAAGAAGGAGCAGAGGGUCAAAUACUUCAACCAUUCGGUCCACACGUAAAGUGCGUUGACGAAGGGGAGAGAGAGAGAGAGGUAGUGACUAUGGAUCUUCACAUCACGCCCCCGGUCAUCGGCCGUUGACCGAGUAGCCGUCUCGUCUCGACAUUUUCGGCCGUCCUAAACUAGAAUUGAAAUCCGAUCAGAUCGCCGAGCGAAGCCCCACCAAAGAGAUCGCAUGACUGAAUGCAAGUCGUCAGUCUCGUCGGUCGGAACGAGAAGGGGGCCUAUCGUCGAUCGUCGCGGUGCCACGAACGAUGAGAGUGGCUUCCGAAGACAUCCAAGUUCAUCACUCGUGAUGAACACCACCUCCCCUCCGAGGAUCGAAUAUCGCAAUGCGCCACCACUCGAUCUGCAACUCGUGUCGCAUUAUCGCGAUGUGAAGCCUUCGUGCGAAGCACAAGAUUCGAGCGUUCAACUUGUCCGUCGCUUCCGUCGCUCGCGUAGCAACUAAACGGCGGCAUUUGCGAAUUUGGCUCACUCGGACUCUACCAGGUGUCCCCAGCUCGGUAUCGAUGCUAGAUAAGUUGCGAAUUUGUUCCGGGGCGUAAUUUGCUCCGAUCCGUCCGCAUCUCAAUUCAGCGACACGACAAGAAACGUGUCCGAUCCCGAUCUUCCGAGAGCGGUUCUCGCAGCGGAAGAGCGCGACCGAAAUGGCCGGGGCAAUGCCGGUCAGGCGAGGCUGAGCUUCGGGAAGCAUCUCGAGUCAGCGGAUGCGCUGCAUCUCACAGCAGCUCGUAAGUGCACUGGAGGCGAAGUUCACGCUCGAUUCUGUGGGUCCGGCCCCGGACGGCACACGCACUUUCAGCUGUGCUAUCUGCGUGUCUCACACAUUUCACAAGCUCCAUGACUUCCCUCCGAGCUUGUCUGCUACGGGCAGCUCGGCGACCGCUGAGUACUUUCAACCGGGCAUAUCCAAGUGACGGAUCCCAACUCCUGGCCUGGCAUGGCAUGGCAUGACUCUCCGGGCCAGAGAUUUCUGAUUUCUGACCCGCCUCCUAUUAUUGGCGACCACGACCUGCGUUUAAAACACUGCCCUACAGUUCUCAGACUAUCAUCAUGUACAAGCUAGAUCCGAGCUUUUGGCCCCGUCGGCAGCAUGAGAGCCCAUCCUGCUUCAUUCAUUCGGUGCAGUGUGGCCCAAUUCUACUCUCACUUAAAAUUAUCUAAUUCGAGCAGCAGUUCUGUGAUGGGCGUGCAUUAUUUUGUAGAUAAAUAAUAAGACUAUUGGUCUCAGUCGGAGCCUGAAGAGCAUGCACCUAAUGCGCUGCGAGGACCUCGUAUAACAGUUUACAGCAUUUUGUUCGAGCUUAUCGUCUCUCGAGCUAGACUCGGUCGCAUUGUAGCUCUCUUGAGCCCGACGCUUACUCAUCGUGGAGCAUCGUGCUGGCGACGAGUCGGCACUUGCCGAGCCUCAGUUCGUGCCGUGCAGAAAAGUCUGGGCUGCACUGCUGAUCACCUCUCCUCUUCUCUCCUCUCCGUCUGGCUGUCAAUACUGUUCGCCCACAUCGUCCACGUUAUCGGAAAACUCUGGGAAUUUGGUGCCCAUGGUUUACUGCCUGCUGUAUAUCCAAUGCUGCAGGCUUGUUGCUCGGGAGAAGAGGCGUGAG